UGUCGUGCUAGGCGAGCUUCCUGAUCCUUGGGCAGCCGUAGUGAUAAUCGUAGCCGUUCAUUUCGGAUGAGAGAGCAGAAGUUUAUUACGGUUUUGACUAUCAAACUUUAUCCAAUGAGCAAAAUCAUCCGCUGGCAAUGGCAGCCAUGCUCUCAAUCUCUCUAAACCCUAAUAUCUCAGCUUCAAUUUCCCUUCAUUCCAUUUUCAAGGGAAAUUCGAGGAAUUUAAGGCCGAAUUCACUUCACAUUAUCCCAAUCAGAACCAGGCAAAGGCCUGAACAAGAGACGAGGUGUUUAGUCGUGGUGAAUCAAGCGGUGAAAAGUACUCAAGUUCCGGUUCAGGUUUCUAAUGUCCGGUUCCGGUUGGAUAACCUCGGACCACAACCUGGGUCAAGGAAGAAAGGGAAGCGGAAAGGGAGAGGAAUAUCGGCCGGACAAGGUGGUAGCUGUGGGUUCGGGAUGAGGGGUCAAAAAUCACGGUCUGGACCAGGUGUUAGGAAAGGGUUCGAAGGUGGUCAAAUGCCGCUUUAUAGGCGCAUCCCUAAAUUGAGAGGCAUUGCUGGAGGUAUGCAUGCGGGAUUGCCUAAAUACAUUCCGGUUAACUUGAAAGACAUAGAAACAGCAGGAUUUCGAGACGGCGACGAGGUGUCGUUGGAGACUUUGACGAAAAGGGGUUUGAUUAAUCCAUCUGGAAGAGACAGAAAGCUCCCUUUAAAGGGCUUGAUAUGCUUGUAUCGCGUCGGUUUUCUUUUACGUCCCCUGCACGCAUGGUGUACCCUGUUGUAUUCGCAUGUCCUGUGUUUCUUUGAUUCUUGGCGACGGGGAGCUGAACGUAAAACUGAACUUCAAGGCCCGUGCGUUCUCGGCAUCUGCCAAGGAAAAGCUCGAGGCAGCUGGUUCCUCGCUGACUGUAUUGCCUGGCCGGAAGAAGUGGGUUAAGCCAUCGGUUGCAAAGAACCUCGCGCGAGCCAAUGAAUACUUCGCCAAGAAGCGGGCUGCAGCAUCUGCAGCAGAAACUGAGUCGACUUCUGCAUGAAUGGUAUGUAUCGAUUCGUUCGUUUAGACCCAAAAUACAAAACACCGGUUGUCGACUAAUGGAUAGGACUUACCGGAUUGUACGGAUGAAAGGUUCAACAUUCAAGGAAACCCUGUUCAUUGUGUCAUUUUCAUGGUUACUAGAAAUUAAACAUCUUCAUUUCCUAGGUUUGAAAUGAGUGGUUCGUUUAUGUGCGGAUGGUGGUGAGGUUAGAUACUGUAGCAUUGAGACAAAAAGUAAUUUAAACGCACCGUACCACUCAUCGAAACUCACACUAAGUUUGAAAUGAUUGUUUAUUGUUUAUAUGAUUAUGCAUUGGUUGACUCCA